AUGUGUUACUAUGGCAGAUACUAUGGAGGCCUGGGUUAUGGCUAUGGUGGCCUAAUCUAUGGCUAUGGCUGUGGCUGUAGCUAUGGCUGUGGCUAUGGUGGCUAUGGUGGCUAUGGUGGCUAUGGUUAUGGCUGUUGCUGCCCACUGUGCUGUAGAAGGUACUGGUCAUAUGGCUUUUACUGA